UGCACCGAAGGAGAAUCUCUUUGCGUAGCAUAUUUAUAAUGCACUUUGAGAUUUGCGGUAAAUAUGUGUUGGUGGGUGUGUGUUGUUCGAUUGCAGUGUUCUUGUUGAUAUUACGUGUUUAACAAUACGAUAGGGACAGUUCAGCUGUAAGCUUACUUGGCAAAUGGCGACUGGAUGGCUUCACUGCCAAAAACAAAUUUUUAGGUUUGAAAAUGAGCAUUCAAUCCUUAAGGUGAAACUGUUGAGUACAUCUUCGAGAAACACUUCUGCUACAGGCUACAGUGUGCUUAGGAAAUAAUUAACAUUCUCACAAAGUCUUCCUGUACACAGUUCACACACAAUAUAGGCAAGGAACUGAUUGUCAUCAGAAGUACAAAAUGUGGAAAUUAUCUCGUUAUUUGAAGUUUCAUCAGAAACAUUUUGAUACGAGGAUCCAAUUGAGAUCAGAUUCCACAGCCUCCUCGUUUCAGGAAGGGAGAGAAAUUGAAGGUUUUGUUGUGACACAAUCUGGAAGUGUUUCAGAUCAUAUUAAAGCCAUAUGUUUAACACAUUUGGAAACUGGGGCACAGUAUGUUCAUUUACAAAAGAAUGAUCAAAACAACGCUUUUGGGGUUGGUUUCCGAACAAUUACUGCAGAUUCCACAGGAUUACCUCAUAUUCUGGAACAUACCACUUUGUGUGGGAGCAAGAAUUUUCCAUGCCGUGACCCCUUUUUUAAAAUGAUUAACAGGUCAAUGGCAACAUUUAUGAAUGCAAUGACUGGUCCUGAUUUUACUUUGUACCCAUUUUCUACUCAAAAUUUCCAGGACUACAAAAAUCUGAUGGCAGUUUAUCUUGAUGCAGUUUUUAACCCUCUCUUAAAUAAAAAUGAUUUUCUGCAAGAAGGCUGGAGAUUAGAGCAUGAAAAUGUGGAAGACAGAAAUUCUCCAAUAAUCAUAAAAGGAGUUGUUUACAAUGAAAUGAAGGGUUUGUUCUCAGAUAACCAAUCCUUAUUCUCUCAGCAUUUGUUAAACAGUAUUCUUCCAAGCCACACCUAUGGCCAUGUUUGGGGUGGUAAUCCAAUUGAUAUUCCAAAGUUAACGCAUAGUGACCUGAUAAUAUAUCAUAAGAAACAUUACAAUCCCAGUAAUGCAUUUUUUUACUCAUAUGGAAACUUUCCAUUGGAAUAUAACUUAAAUUACUUGAACAAAAAUUAUUUGUCUGGAGCAAAAUACUCGGAGCGGUAUGAAGUUCCCUCUGAGAAAAGGUGGACUUCACCACUACACAAGCAUGUUGGUUGCAGACUAGACCCACUGAUACCAGAUAAAGACAAACAGUCAACAAUUGCAUUUAGCAGCCUUUGUUCUGAUGUUACUAAUAUACAAGACACUUUUGAAAUGUCAGUUCUUAGCACACUUUUGUUAAAAGGACCUAAUUCUCCUUUUUUUAAAAGCUUGAUUGAAUCUGGAUUAUCUGCUGGGUUUGCGCCAGUCACUGGUUAUGAAAGUCAGACUAAAGAUACUAUCUUUACAGUUGGUCUUCAGCAUGUGCGUCAAGCUGAUUUUGAUCAAACCAGCGAAGUGUAUAAUAGUACUAUUGAUAAAGUGAUUAAUGAAGGAUUUGACAGCAAUAAUAUAGAAGCGGUCUUACACGAAGUGGAACUAUAUAAUAAAUUGGAGGGAGAAAAUUACGGCAUACGCCUCUUAAUGAACAUUGCACCCAUGUGGAAUCAUGGUGCCAAUAUUGUAGAGAGCCUGCAGCAUGACAAACACCUCUUACUUUUGAGAAACAAACUGAAAGAAAAUCCAAAAUAUUUCCAAGAUAAAGUUCUACAUGAGAUUAAAAAUGAAAAACAUAGACUAGUUUUAACAAUGUCACCAGAGGAAGACUAUGAAGCAAAGAAAAUUUCUGAAGAAGAGAAGGUAUUGAAAGAAAAGCUAGUUGCUCUAUCACCAUUAGAAACAUCUGAAAUCUUUAAACAAGGGUUGGAACUUCACAAGUCACAGUGUGCAGUUCAGGACGUUUCAUCAUUGCCUACAUUGACUGUUUCAGAUCUUGCUCAGUUUGUUGAAAAAGUUCCUGUUACAAAACCAUUUCCAUCAGAGGUUCCCUUUUAUGUUUAUGUUCAGCCAGUAGAUGAAGUUACCCAUUUCAGAGCUGUUUUCAGUACAAAGGAACUUGACUCUGAACUAAAAAGUCUUGUGCCAUUAUUCUGUACUGUUGCACCACAGAUGGGAACAAAAAACUAUUCAUUCCGAGAAUUUGAACAGUUGGUGCGUUUAAAAACUGGAGGAUUUACCUUUAGCAAACAUAUUUCAGAAGAUGUUUUCAAAACACAUACUUAUGAAGAAGGUGCUGUUUUUUACUCUCAUUGCUUGGAUAAAAAUGUGCCUGAUAUGUAUUUGUUAAUGUCAGAAUUUCUAUCUCAUAUGGAUUUAGGUGAUAUUCAAAGAUUUGAAACUCUUACUAGACAGUUGUCUGUGGACUUGCUUAACAGCAUUUUUGAUUCAGGCCAUCAUUAUGCUAUUUCAUCUUCUGCUUCACUCGUAAGCCCUGUUGCACGUCAUGUUGAAAGUUGGACAGGGCUUACCUACAUCAAAAAGCUACAAGAAAUUGUACAGCAACGUAAAUUUCAGGAGGUCCUUUCCUUACUAAGUAACUUACCAUCUGAAUUAAUACAUAAAUGCAUCUCCAGGGCUGCUGUCAAUCUUUGUGAGAAGAAUUCAACUGAUAGUGUGGAAGAAGCAACCAAUUUUUUGAAAAGGUUUUCUGCAGUUGGUAACCCCAUAACAAAAACAGAAGAGGAGGACUUCAAACAGGUCUCAGAUGCAGCUGUGCAUCAUGUUCACAGCAUCCCUGUAAAUUUUGUAUCUAAGUCAAUAAUGACUGUGUGUUAUGGUGAUCUCCAUUUUGCUCCACUUAGAGUUCUUGCAAGAUUGUUGUCAAAUUUAUACCUGCAUCCAAUAGUUCGUGAAAGGGGUGGUGCUUAUGGAUCAGGUGCACACAUUUCUCAAAGUGGAGUCUUUAGUUUCUUUUCUUAUAGGGAUCCAAAUUCAACAGCCACAUUGGACACAUUUGACAGUGCAUGUGAUUGGGUUAGUGCAAAUAAAUUUUCUGAUACAGAUAUCGAAGAAGCCAAAUUGGGGAUCUUGCAAAAACUUGAUGCGCCAGUUCUACCUGAAGACAAGGGAAUGAGAGAAUUUCUUUAUGGCAUAGAUGACAGUAUAUUUAAUGGCCAUAGGCAGCAAGUCAUGAAUGUAACCAGGGAGCAAAUACAUCAGGUGUCAGAAAUGUUUUUGAGAUCAAACAAAUGUGGUAAGGCGAUUGUAGGCCCAAAAAAUAAUGAACUGGGAAAUAGAUUAUCUGAAAAUUGGAACACCAUUAAUUAAGAGGUAUGAUAUUGGAAAAGAUGCUAUCAUUUUUUGAAAAUAUAUUGUGGUUGAAAUCUAAUUCUGAUUCAAAUAGUUUUUCAUACUUCAGAGAAUAAAGACUGCCUGUGUGUUGUGUUUCAUUCAUUUGUUAACUAAGAAAUCUGAACUGAAACGUUGCAGCAUAAAAAUUUGAUGUAGUCUUAUUUUAUAUAAACUCGUGUGCCAAUUAAUAUUAAUAUUUAUCAUUACUCAUGUAUGUAAAUGUUUAUAAAGUUUUGUAAAUAAAGUUUUCUGUGUGAUGUAA